AUGAACAUUAGUACUAACGUUCGUACUUAUGUUCGUACUUACGUUCGUACUAACGUUCGUACUAACAUUUGUACUUACACUUGUACUAAUGUUUGUAUUAACAUUCAUACUAACGUUCGUACUUACGUUCGUACUAACAUUCAUACUAACGUUCGUACUUACGUUCGUACUAACAUUCAUACUAACGUUUGUAUUUAUGUUCAUACUAAUGUUCAUACUUACAUUCGUACUAACAUUCAUACUUAUGUUCAUACUUAUGUUCAUACUAACAUUCGUAUUAAC